AUGUCUCGAGGAGCUCUGGUGCUCUGGGUUGGCGUCCUGUCUGUCAUCUUUUUAAGGCGUCAUCUUUGGCUCCACCAAUGGGCUGCAUUGGUCAUUGUUACUUUCGGUGUCUGCCUAGUUGGUCUUUCGGGAAGUCUCGUCAAACAGCAGCUUUCCGACCCCAUAGACUUACUAGUAACUUUGGCUCAAAGACCGGAUGAUGAUCCUGCUCGAGUCGCUUUGGGCGUUAUGCUUAUUCUGUUUGCUCAGAUAUUCACCGCCAGUCAAUAUGUUGUGGAAGAAAAGAUAAUGUCUCACUACAAGGUUGAACCUUUAGCAGCGGUGACUCUGGAAGGUUUCUUCGGUCUCACCACAACCCUCAUUGGAAUGCCUUUUCUCCACAUUUUCCUCCGAAACAAAUCGCCAUACUUUGAUAUCCCCAGAGGUUGGCAUCAAAUCAUAUCAACCCCCACAGUCUAUCUUUCCUGCGUUGCGAUCAUGUUCAGCAUAGGCGCUUUCAACUUUUUUGGUUUGAGUGUGACCCAUCGAGUCAGUGCGACAACAAGAAGUACCGUUGACACGUGUAGAACACUGGGUAUAUGGGUAGUCAGUUUAGGAUUAGGAUGGGAAAAACUUGUCUGGCCAUUCACCCUCCUUCAAGUGGGAGGUUUUGCAAUGCUAGUGUGA